AUGACAACGCCGCCGCUGCAGCCGUCGACGACAACGACAACGACGACGGCGGCGGCUGUGACGGUGGCAACGAGUGGGUCGUCGAAGAAUAAGUUGAAAGUAAUGGUGCAACUGAAAUUUGAGAACUCAAAGAUAUCAAUGGAAGUGAGCCCAACGGAUAACGUGGGGAAAUUGAAGAAAGAGCUGCAUAAGCUACAGCAGAGACUGCAUUUUCAUCUGCCACCAGAGGAUUUCUUUUUCAUUUAUGACCGCGACGUUAUGGACGAAGACCGCUCCUUCCAUUGGCAUGGUGUGGCCCACGGUGAUACCAUUGAGAUCUUCAAUAGCAACGUUUCUGGCGGAUCUUAA